CUGAGAGUAAAUGGUCCACCUCAUAAUCCGCGGGGAGGAAACAUAUGGAUGAUCCGAAGACACAGCUGAGUCAACUUCUUCAAAAGCAGUGUGGCAGAGCACUGAACAAAGAUGACGUGGUGUACUUGGUCUCGAGAUACAACCAGGGCUCGCAGUAUCAAGCUGUGGUGAGGUUAGACUGCUUGGAUAGUCGGGAGUAUGCAGGCGAGGUUUGCACCGACCAGAAGGGCGCUGAGCGAUCAGCGGCCGAGCAGGCGGUGAAGAGCCUUGAGGAUGCUCUUGAGGCUCUGGAAGCUGUGGAAGCGCUACAGAAGCGGAAAGCUGGUCCUGAUGACAGAUCUGCAAAGCGAUUGAAGGAUGACAAUGGUCUUGACAAUCCAGCAGUGACACCUAAGACCCAGCUGAAUAGCUUUGUCAUGAAGAUUGUGAAGCGUUAUCUUCAGAAAGGUGAGACAGUUUACGACUGCAACAAGGUUGGACAACAGUACCAAGCAACAGUGAGGCUCACUGCUCUUCCUGGAGACUGGGGAGAACGUGAGUGGGCUGGGCACCUUUGCUCGACAAAACAAAAGGCUGAGCAGAGCGCUGCAGAAGAGGCUUACAAAGAUAUCCAGGAGGACCCAGAGCUUGCCGCGGAGGCAGCCAAGCCCAAAGGUGGCGGGAAGUCCAAAGGAAAAGGAAAGUUGCCAAAAGGUGGCGGCUUUGGCGGAUAUGGUGACUACGGCGACUUUGGCGACUACGGCGGCUACGGUGCCUAUGGCUGCUAUGGCGGCUACGGCGCCUAUGGCAUGGGCUGGAGCAGCUGGGGCAGCUGGAAGGGCAAAGGCAAGAAAGGUGGGUGUGAUGGCGAGAGCGACGGCAAUGUGGGUGAUAGAUCCUUCAAUCAGGGCAUAGGCCUUGGUCUUGGUCCUCCGAUUAGCCAACGUGAGCGUGUCACUGAUGCGCCUUGUGUUGGCACUGUCGUGGAGUGGAAGGGCACGUACGGCUGGCUGGAGUCUGCCUUACCUAUCGACCACCCAUUGGCAUCUGCACGAGGGGGCAAGAUCUUUGUCCACCACCGAGAUCUUCCGCGUGGUGUCGAGAGCUUGCUUGAAGGACAGCCGCUGAGCUUCCAUGUGUAAAGUGAUGCAACUGGCCUUGGGGCAGAGGAGGUGGUGAUAGCCUAGCCUCAAAAAUCUUGAGCAUUUGUGCCUAUUUACAAAAUUUGUAGUUAAUAGUAUAUUUUUGUAGAUCAUAAAAUUUCGAAUAUCAACUCCAAGAAAAUUAAAAAA